UGUGUCCUCAUCUUCGUUUUUCCUGAAUUAUUUUUAAAUUUGUUCGCUCUGACUCCACAACCAACAUACCAUACAUACCCUCUCAAAUUGAAAUAUCAAAGAGAUGGAAUCAAAUUGACUAUGGUUAUGGUCGUCCCGCAUUUCUUCAAUUCAGUAUUCAACUCUGCAGUGAAGCUAGGUUUCCAAUGGCAGCUACUGGUGGCGGUGGAGGAGGAGCUGUUGGUGUUGGUGUGAGCGUCAAUCACGAGGAGGAGAAGACUCCACAAGAAGAACUUUCUCUCCCAAUUAUUUUAGCAGAGCGAGUUCUUAAAUCAGCUCAAGAGGCUGAGGCUAACAAGCUAGAAUGUGCCGAACUCGCCAAGCAGGUCGACAAACUCUCUCAGAUGCUCCGUUCCGCCGUGCGCCUUGCCGCUGCGGCUCAGUCGCUUUACGACCGUCCCCUCCGUCUCAUCGCGAUUGAUGUUACCAAGAAUCUUGAACGCGCUCUGCAUCUUGUGCGAAAGUGCCGCCAUAGCGGCGUACUACGUCAGGUGUUCUCAAUUACUACCACAGCCGACUUCCGCAAGGUCUCCAGCUUACUUGAAUCCUCAAUUGGUGACAUGCGGUGGCUACUCUCUAUCUUUGAUUCUGGCGGAGCUGACCUUUCUCUGCCUCCAAUUGCAAGCCACGUCCCUAUCCUUGCCUGGGUCUGGUCCUAUAUCGGUACUAUCACUAUGGGGCAGCUCAGAGACCGUGUUGACGCCGCAAACCAACUUGCCUCUCAUGCUCGUGAUAACGAUCGGAACAGGAUAAUCAUUGUUGAAGAAGGCGGGAUUUCACCCCUUUUGAAGUUGCUCAAAGAGGGCGACUCUCCAGAGGCGCAAAUUGCUGCUGCGAAUGCGCUUUUCAACAUCGCCACUGACCAGGAGACAGUGAGAUUGAUCGUGGAGUUGCUUGGGGUGCCAAAAAUUGUUGGGGUUCUUGGUGAUUCCCCAAUGAGAGUCCAGAUUGCGGUGGCAAAUUUGGUAGCGAGGAUGGCGGAAUUGGACCCUCUAGCACAGGACAACUUUGUGCGAGAGAACGUAACUAGGCCAUUAGUGUCGUUGCUAUCUCUGGAUUUGGUCUUGGAUACUCCUAACAUGGAGUCAGGUAAAACUAGUAUUCAUUCAAUUGUUCAAAUUAAUAAGCAGUUGGCCUCAAAACCUGGACGCAAUAAUUAUAGUCAUGGAAAAGGUUUGAAUUUGUCGGCUCACUCAUCAUUUUCAGAUGGUAGUAGUGGGGGCAGCCAUUAUAGGAAAGAUAAGGAGAUCGAGCCACUUGAGGUGCAGCGUCAGGUCAAGGUCAGUUGCGCCAAGGCGCUUUGGAAACUGUGUGAAGGUAGUGUGUCAAAUUGUAGAAAAAUUACAGAGACAAAAGGACUGCUUUGUUUGGCCAAGGCUAUUGAGAGUGAGAAAAUGGAAAUGCAGUUUAAUUGUUUGAUGACUGUGAUGGAGAUAACAGUGAUGGCUGAGCAAAAUGCUGAUCUUAGACGAGCGGCUUUUAAGACUAAUUUGCCUGCUGCAAAGGCAGUAUUGGAUCAGCUUUUACGAGUAAUUAGGGAAGAAAAUGAUCCAGCAUUGCAAAUUCCUGCUAUUAAGGCAAUUGGGUGCUUGGCUCGAACUUUCCCUGCAAGGGAAACACGAAUACUUGGUCCUUUGGUUUCUCAGCUUGGGAACAGGAAUGUGGAUAUGGCCACUGAAGCUGCUAUCGCAUUGGGAAAAUUUGCGUGUCCUGAAAAUUUCAAUUGUUCAGAGCAUACAAAGGCCAUAAUUGAGUUUCAUGGGGUUCCACCUUUGAUAAAAUUAUUGCGUGCCAAUGGUCGGCCUCAAAUUCAUGGACUUGUGCUACUAUGUUACCUUGCAUUGAAUGCUGGUAACAGCAAAGCUCUUGAACAAUCCCGAGCAUUGAAUGCUAUUGAGGGGGCAGCGCGUACUGUUCUAGCUAUGCGUCCUGAUUUAAGGGAUCUGUUUGCCAAAGCCAUACACAACCUCACUCUUUAUCAGGCCGGAACUCAUCCCCAUAGACAGUCUUAUUCUCCAUAAUUUCCAGCGGACAGUUUUAUUUAUCCAUAUGAGCAUGUUGUAACAUACAUUCAGCUGUAACAAACAUUAUUGAGUAGGUACUUGGUGCUGUCUUACCACCUAAACUCUGCAUCA